AAGACAACAGUGGAUCGUGUAGUAGUAACUUGUGACUUGUAUGUUAGAAGUGUAGCUUUUUACGUCCAGUAUGGUUGUGUUUUUACUCCUCGUGGCUUCUUUAGCGGCUGUACAGUGUGUAGAAGCUGUAGAAAGCGGGCAGACAUGUAACGUUCCUCCCUCGAUGUGGUGUAGCUCGCCGGCCGUCGCCAAGUCUUGUCAGGUAGAGGAGAGUUGUGAGAGGUACCUGAGAAAAGUUGCCCAUGCUCCAGCGCCCCCUGUCAGUUUAACCCUGUACUACGAGUCCCUGUGUGGAGGCUGUCAGAAGUUCAUCAAUGACCAGCUGUGGCCAACAUGGAGCAAACUUUCCCCCAUCAUGAACCUGACUCUGGUGCCAUAUGGGAAUGCUGCUGAGAAGAAACGUUUUGGUAAAUGGGUGUACGAGUGUCAACAUGGAAAACAGGAGUGUGUUGGAAACCUGAUUGAGACCUGCACCCUGUAUGUUUUGAAGAACAUAACUGCAGCCUUUCCCUUCAUCCACUGUAUCGAGUCUAGAGUAGAACAUUCUGACAACCCAAAAAAGGCAGCUGAGAAGUGUGCCUCCAUGAUGCAGGUUGACUUCAGCGCUAUAGAGAAGUGUGCAGAGGGUUCUCAGGGGAACGAGCUGGAACACGAGAUGGCGCUGAAGACGGGAAGUCUGAACCCACCUCACACCUACGUACCAUGGGUCACACUUAAUGGGGUUCACACAGAAAAGAUCCAGAAUGAAGCAAUGGAUGAUCUACUAAAGCUGAUCUGUGACACUUACCAGGGUCCCAAGCCUGAUGCCUGUCCCUCCUCCACAGCUACAGUGUGCAUACGAGACUGACAGGACAACUCAAUAGACUACUCCACAUAAUACAUCUUUCAUACACUUUUUUAAACUUAUACUACAU